UAUAAAAAAACAAGUUUUAAUCAUAAAAAUUGCUUCUUUCUUUGAUUUAUAUCAAAUUUUAUAAAUUAAUUUCGUGUUUCUGUGCAGAGUGAAACGAAAAUCUUUAAUUCUAAUAUGGCUUUAUGAAACUUACCAAGGACUUAAUAAUUUAUUUGUUUACAUGUUAAAAUCUUUAAGCUAAGUGUUUUUACUUUUAAAUAUAAGAUUUAAAGUACCAAUUUAGUUCUAAUCAUAUUAAGUGUAGGUGUAUGUAUGUACAACUAACUGUUAAAAAAAGUUGUAAAACCAGCCUUGAAGAUUUGAGACAGCCUUGAAGACACCAUGAAUGCGGAUGACGACGCGCCUACCAAGAAAAAAGUCGAUAAGCCACCCACUGACAACCUUACAGUGACGUUAGACAAAAUAGAUGCAAAAAGAUUUGAGAAAGGCGAGGAAGAGCCUAAACCUCGAAUAGUCUUAACUUUUCGUUCGGAGAAGAACAGCGCUAAGAAUAGCAACAUGAAGAUCGUGACGCCUGAGGAGAAGACACACGAGGAGGCGCCGCGGCGGUCAAGCAGAACCCGCGGCAAGUGGGAGUGGAACUGCGACAGCGACACGUCCCCCAAGAAGGACAAGUCAGGACAGACUACAUCUGAGAAUGAUGAGUCAGACAGCUCCCACACGACGCCCAAGCGAUCCACUCGCCGCCGCAGCAAGGACUCCGACAACAUCCUCGCCAACGCUAUAGCCAGGAAAGAGAAAUCUUAUGAAACUCAGCAAGCAACCCCACAAAGGUUAUCCCGUAGAAUAAAACCUACUGCUAAGAUCUUAGCUAACGAAGAGCUGCGUAUUGGUCUCGAAUCUCAGAACAAUGCACGUCUUGGCAUAACAGACAAGUCUCCUGAAGAAGGUGUGAGGACCCGGCGGUCAGCUCGACCGCUAGUCACCGAGGCAGAGAAGAAGAAGGAACCGGAAGUAGACGAUGAGGUGGUAGAGAUUGGGGAUGAUGAUGAAGCCAGCCAUGAGAUGAAUAUGAUGAAGCUGAAGCACUUUGGUGAGCUGGGUCUGAAGAUCAUCAACCCUGAUUAUGUGGCAACUUGUAAUGAAAGUGGCAAUGAGAAUAGAGUAGAAGAUGGUGAAGAAGGUGAGGAUGAAGAAGAAGGAGAAGCAGAAGAAAUUGAUGAAGAUGAUGAGAUGGAUGAAGAUCCAGCCAUCAUCAGCAAGCUUCUGGAGACAGACGAGGACUCCAGUGAAGACUUCCAGUGUACCAUUGAAGUGGCAGCUAAGAACAGGCCGAGAAGGUCUACUAGACUCUGUUCUUCAUUUGGCAUGAAUGACAGCGAUAGGUCAUCACCUGUUGGUGAAGAGGAUAAGUCACCGCGCCGAUCGUCCAAACGAUCAGCGAGGCACACCUACGUCGAAGAGACUGAAAGGAGCCAUCGUAAGAGGAGGCGGCAUAGGUCAUCGGGUGGCGAGGAACCCCAUUCGGAUGCUGAGAUGGAAGAUACAAGUGCUUUGCCCAGCACGCCGGCGGGCGGUGACGAAGGCUCCGAAGCUGCCUGUCCGACUGAAGACUCCACCAUCAUAGCUACCUGCUUCUGUGAUACUCCUAGCAAUGUGUAUGCGGCGCCAGAGGAACUUACGGAGCCGGUAUUCUGCCAAGCAAUAGAACUAGUAGACGGGGUCCGCGUAGGAUGUUCCCAUAGCGCACGUCGUGAACGUGGGGGUGCAAACAGCAACAACAACGACCUUGCGGCCCUCGUGCGUGCGGGGCCCAGGGCCCCAUACUUCUUGGCUUGCACCUUACAUGCUGCGCAACUGUCUAAGCACAUGUGCUGUCCUGCUUGCGGAUUGUUUUGUACUCAGGGCACCUUCUACCAAUGUUCAUCUGGCCACCUCUUCCACUUGGACUGCGGUCUCCCGUACAACGACGCGAAGCUCCGACCAGGGUGUCCCCACUGUGGGGUCCACUCGUAUAGAUGGCAGCCAGCUAAUACUGACUGCGUGAAGGUCAGCGUGGAGAUGAAGUGCAGUAACAAGAGGAUCUUCUUGCCUGAUCAGAGGGAGCAGUGCACACCAGCAUACCUCACCUUCACCGCCCGCGAGCCGCCCCCGGAGUCAGGACCUCUCAUACCUGAGGACCUACUGCCCUCACCUCCCAUAGACCUGAAGCAGCUGUGCCAACAGGCUGCGAAUGCGCCGAACAAGUCACCGCAACAGCUGUGUGACGCGAUACUGAAGGGGGAUACCGUUGAUCAGCUUAUACCGAAAAUUGUAUCGAGUUCGAGCAUCAACCGAGCUCUAAGCAGCCAAUCAGGCGGCACGUGCUUGCACGCAGCUGCCCGGUCGGGCCACACUGGCGCCGCCUACCUGCUGCACUACGCAGGCGCCAACCUCGACGCCAGCGAUAGUCACAUGCGCACGCCGCUCAUCGCUGCCGCACUCGCACUUCUAGAGAAAUCCGACAAAAAAGCCAAAGAGAAAGUAAAAGAUACUUCUAAGGACGAAGUUUCGGAAGACGCGGAAACGGACGCUGAUAAAGAGACUGAGAAACCAGGGGAUAAGACUGAGGAAGAAGCGGUGGAUGAUGAUGAUGAUAAGAAGGCUAAGGAUGAAGAUCUGAUCAAAGUGAUCAGGUAUCUCAUCGCGGCGGGCUGUGAUGUUAACUUCCCGGGUCCGGACGGCAUGACGGCGCUGCACUACGCGGCGCAGCACGGCAGCGCUCGCGUGCUGCGGCUGCUGCUGCCGCACGCGCAGCUCGACGCGCGCGACCACGGCGGCUGGACGCCGCUCGUCUGGGCCGCCGAGAAUGAUCACGAGCAUGUCGUCAGGUUGCUGUUAGACGCCGGAGCGUGUCCGCUGGCAUCUGACGCGGAAGGUAACGGCGCGGUGCACUGGUGUGCGCUGGCGGGCGCCGCCCGAGCCCUCGCCGCGCUGCUGCACGCCGCGCCCAGGCUCGCGGCCGCACACAACGCGCAUGCUGACACGCCGCUACACGUGGCAGCCAGGCAGGGCCACUACGCAUGCGUCGUUAUCUUACUCGCUCGUGGCGCUAGGACGGACGUAGAGAACUCGGCGGGCGAGCUGCCGGUGGAGGUGUGCUCGGGACAGUGUCAGAGCGCCAUCUCUCUCAACAUGCAGAUGACUAUAGCUGUCAGAGACAAUGUGUCGCGGUAUAAACUGUUGUCCAGCGACAUAUCAAACGGACGCGAACCGUUUCCGAUCCCGUGCGUGAACGAAGUGGACGACGCGCCGCUGCCGGACGACUUCACGUACGUCACGAGCCACGUGACGCCCGUGCCCGUUCAUAUUGACGACACUAUUGCUACCAUGCAGGGUUGUUCAUGCAAGGAAGGCGACUGCACUUCAGGGUCGUGUGCGUGCAGCGCUCUGGGCGUGAAGUGCUGGUACUGGCGCGGCCGUCUGCAGAACACCUUCCCCUAUCAUGACCCGCCCAUGCUGUUCGAGUGUAACCAGACCUGCGGGUGUAAUCUGCGCGUAUGCGGCAACAGCGUAGUAACGAAAGCAGCGGGCGCGGGCUCCAUCUGCGUCCGCGCGCUGGUGUUCCGCGCGGGCGGCGCGCGCGGCUGGGGGCUCCGCGCGCGCCAGCACGUGCGCCGCGGGCAGCCCGUCGCGCUCUACUGCGGCGAGCUGCUGCCGCUACCACAGGCCGAUACUAGAGCCGCUGACCAUUAUAUGUUCGCGCUUGAUGUCAAACCUGACCUCCUUGAGCAAUGCACCGACAAGACGCAGCUAUGCGUAGACGCGGCCCAGUUCGGCAGUGCAGCCCGCUUCAUCAACCACAGCUGCCGGCCCAACCUGGCGCCCGUGCGGGUGUUCACGUCGGCGCGGGACCUGCGCCUGCCCACCGUCGCGCUCUUCGCCACCAGGGACAUUCAGCCCGAUGAUGAGUUCACAUUCGACUAUGGGGACAAAUUCUGGUCAGUCAAGUCCAAGUUUAUGAAAUGUGAAUGUGGCACCGCUGAAUGUAGAUAUCCUACAAAAUCUGACGAAACCGAAUCAUCGUGAACAAGUUUUGUAAAUAAUAUAUUGAAGAUGCUCUGAAUAAUACAUAUUUAUUGUAUAAUUUUACUGUAACCAAUCUGUAAUCAUGUACUGAACAUUAAAUGUUAUUCAUCAAGUAA